AUGUCAGAAGAGGAAACCCGAGGUCUUCUUCACGGAAAGGCAAUACAAACUUCUGCUCCAUCCAUAUCAUGGCGUCAUCACAUGUGUGGACCUAUUUUAUUCUUCCAUCUGUUUGCAUUUAUCAUGUCAUAUGCUACCUCAGGACUUUAUAUACCCCAGUAUUUAUCGAGAAAACUUUAUCCUACGAGAACAAUGCCCGUCUCAGCAGGUUCAAUUUGUAUAAUAAAUGAAACAGACAUUUCUCCAGAGAGCGAGAAUAUUCAGAAAGAGGCUGCCUUAUUUGGGAUUUACACAGCCCUCGUUUCAGGGAUACCCGCUGUCAUCUCAAAUCUGUUGCUUGGAACUUUCAGCGACCGUUUUGGACGAAUAUUUAUGUUUUUGGCACCCACCAUAGGUCAAAUGAUAAGCAAAACGAUAAUUUUAUUUUGUGUAUAUUAUCAGUUUGAUAUCAAUUACAUAUUAAUAGGUAGCGCCAUCGAAGGUGUCUUAGGAGGCUAUUUAGCAAUUUUAAUGGCUUCGUUUUCGUAUAUUGCUGACAUCACAGAGAACAAUAAACAGCGUUCAGUGGCCAUUACCUUUCUUGAGAUAGCAGUUGGUGUAGGUGCUGUAGUUGGAAGAUUCAGCACAGGAUAUUUCAUCAAGGCUACGAACUAUGUUUGGCCAAUAUUUACGUCUUGUUGUAUUUAUGCGCUAUUGAUAUUUAUAAUCAUUUCUGUCUUACCAGAAACAAGAAUUCCAGAGACUGGAUAUAGAUCCACUCAGAAAUCAUGUCUGAAUUAUGUAACAACCAUCUUUUCUUUUUACAUCUCAGAAAGCAACAAGGGAGAACGAUGGAAAUAUAACAUAUGUAUUCUCAUUUUCUUUACCACAGGUAUUACUGUGGUCGGAAAAUCUGGUGUAGAUUUACUUUACCAGAUAAGUCAACCGUUUUGUUGGGAUUCAGUGAAAGUAGGAUUGUAUGGUGCGCUCUCAAGUUUGUUUCAAAAUGUGAUAUGUAUGGGGAUGAUAAAAAUCCUCCACCUUUGCCUUAGUGAUGAAGGAGUAUCAAUUCUAGGGUCUCUCUCCGGAAUAGCUGGAUUUUUAAUUACAGCUUUAGCUACCACAGAUGUUAUGUUAUAUAUAGCUGCGAUUGUUGGAGGUGGUGGCGUUUUAACUCUACCAAUGAUUCGUGCAAUCAUGUCAAGAAUGACGUCACCAGACAAGCAAGGAGCCCUAUUUGGUGGGAUAUCUGCGGUUGAAACAACUUGUGGUAUCAUAGGAAGUCUGUUUUUUAACUCCAUAUAUUCCCAUACAGUCUCCUUCUUCAGAGGGACGGUGUAUUUGGUGACGGCCAGCUGUGUUCUCGUUUCGCUACUUCUUCUUCUAAUAUUUACCAUUUGCUCACGACAAACACAGACUUACAAAAAGGUGGCCGAAUUUGAUGUGAAACAACAAAAUGACGUUUUUACCAAACGACAUUGAUAAUUUGUUUGCCGGAAAAUAAAAUUACAAACGAGUUCUUAGACUGAUUCUUUGGGUUCUAGU